CUCACCGGCUUUUCCGGUAUCCCUUUCUCUUUCUUUUAUAUAUUGAACACAUCAGUGCUCUUCCUCUCUAACCACUAGUCUCUACUGUCACUGUUCUCACUCUUCCUCUGCAACUUCUACUUUUCUUUCUAUACAGUCAUGGGGAAGGUUAAGAUCGGGAUCAACGGAUUUGGAAGGAUUGGAAGGUUGGUGGCCAGAGUGGCCCUGCAGAGAGACGAUGUUGAGCUCGUCGCAGUUAACGAUCCCUUCAUUACCGUUGAAUACAUGACCUACAUGUUUAAGUAUGAUACGGUUCAUGGUCAAUGGAAGCAUCAUGAGUUGAAGGUGAAGGAUGAUAAGACCCUUCUCUUUGGCGAAAAGCCUGUGACCGUCUUCGGCGUUAGGAACCCAGAGGAAAUCCCAUGGGCUGAGACUGGAGCAGAGUAUAUUGUGGAAUCAACUGGAGUGUUCACCGACAAGGAUAAGGCUGCCGCUCAUUUGAAGGGUGGUGCUAAGAAAGUCAUCAUCUCUGCCCCCAGCAAGGAUGCUCCAAUGUUCGUUGUAGGUGUUAAUGAGAAGGAAUACAAGCCAGAUCUUCACAUUGUAUCAAAUGCUAGUUGCACUACCAACUGUCUUGCUCCUCUUGCCAAGGUCAUUCAUGAUCGAUUUGGCAUUGUUGAGGGGCUUAUGACAACUGUCCACUCCAUUACUGCUACCCAGAAGACUGUUGAUGGGCCAUCAAUGAAGGACUGGAGAGGCGGAAGAGCUGCUUCAUUCAACAUCAUCCCUAGCAGCACUGGGGCUGCUAAGGCUGUUGGAAAGGUACUGCCUGCCCUCAAUGGGAAACUUACAGGAAUGGCCUUCCGUGUUCCAACUGUUGAUGUCUCUGUAGUUGACCUGACAGUGAGGCUUGAAAAGAAAGCUACAUAUGAUCAAAUUAAAGCUGCUAUCAAGGAGGAAUCAGAGGGAAAGUUGAAGGGAAUAUUAGGCUACACUGAAGAUGAUGUUGUUUCUACCGACUUUAUUGGUGACAACAGGUCGAGUAUUUUUGAUGCCAAAGCUGGAAUUGCUUUGAAUGACAAUUUUGUGAAGCUUGUUGCAUGGUACGACAAUGAGUGGGGCUACAGCACUCGGGUGGUUGACUUGAUCCGCCAUAUCGCAUCCAUUCAGUAAGGUUGUACGAGACCUGAAAGGGUACUGCCACCGGUGAGCAGUUUGACUUGUUUAGUGUCUGUCAGUAUGAGGCUGAAUCAAAAUAAAUUUAUUUUAAGACAAUGUUUUGAGCGAUGAGUAUCAGUAUGAUUGCCAGUCCUUUAGUUCUUGUUAUCCCUAUUCCUCUUCCUGGCUUUGAAUAUUGUCUAAGCUAUUAUGUAUGAGAUGUUAUAAAACGUACUUCGUGGCUUCUCCUGCA